UGGAGUAUAUAUGACAUUGAGCUAUAUGAGAGGACUGAACGUGUUAUUAUUACACUGCAUGUCAUCCUUGUCCUCCUUCUUCUUUCUAUAUGUGGCAGAGAUGUGAAGGCUCACCUUAAUUAUGAGCACCGGGUGUUUAACAGUGAGGAGUUUCUGAAGACCCGGAGUCCCGCAGACCAGCCGUUCUACAAAAAGGUGUUAGAGACGUACUUGUUCAACUCAUUUCUUAAAGCUCGUCUUAACAAAAAAAUGGACGCCUUUACCCAGAUGGAGAUGGACGCGUCCUCUGAAAUUGAUGGACAUUCCAGUAUACUUGAAAACCAGAGACGGAGAGCCACAGAGAAGUUAAAGCGUUUUCGCCCUGAGCACAUGUUCAGCAAGAAGCUGGUCAUCAGUAUGCCAAACCUGCAGGACGUCAGUUUGGCCGAACUACCACUGAGGCCGCAAUCUCUGAGGAGGUCACAGACACUGAAUGGAAACAGACUGAACGGAAAAUCAUUUUACACCUUCAGGCUGCCUCUGGUCCAUUAUCCUCUGAUGCGGCAAUGCGUUCAGACGUAUUACAUAGACCUGACCAAUUUCCUCAGUAAGGAGAUAACUUGUCUUCCUGCAGAGAACUCGGUUCUUCUGGCUCGAUACUUCUACCUCCGGGGGUUGGUCUUUCUCAUGCAGGGAAAGCUCCUCAGCGCUCUCUCCGACUUCCAGAACCUGUAUAAGACGGACCUGCGGAUCUUCCCCGCUGAAUUAGUCAGAAAAGUCGUCUUGUCGCUGCCGGCGUCUGAACGCCAACAAGCUGAGAACCGGCAGGAGCUGAAGAGGCUGAUUAGUCAGGUGCUGGAUAAAGAGAGGGAUGUCCCCAGGGCUGACGACCACGUCAAGAAGUUUAAGCUUCCCAGUACCCACCUGCACCUAGAGGACUUUGUGCGCCGGAUCCAAGAGUCGGGGAUUGUGAAAGACAUUGACACGAUACACCGUUUGUUUGAUGCUUUAACUGUAGGUCACCAGAAGCAGAUAGAUCCUGAUAUCUUCAGAGAUUUCUACAACUACUGGAAGGAGACGGAGGCAGAGGCGGAAGAGGUUGACUUGCCGUCCAUAGUCACCGAGAAGCUGGACCAGAAUGAGUUCGUGUACAAGCUGUCCAGCUCGGUGAAAACCAACCUGGGGGUGGGGAAGAUCGCCAUGACUCAGAAGAGACUCUUCCUCCUGAUAGAGGGCAGGCAGAGCUAUGAGGAGAUCGUCGCAUUUAGAAAUAUAGAGGAUGUAAAAGUCUCAAUGUCGGCCUUCCUGCUCUUACGGAUUCCAACCCUCAGGAUUAAGACUUCUACCAGGAAAGACUCAUUUGAUGCAAAUCUAAAAGGUGAAUGUGAGCUGUGGAACCUGAUGAUCAAAGAGAUGUGGGCGGGGAGGAAGAUGGCAGACAACCACAAGGAUCCUCAGUACGUUCAGGAGGCUCUCACCAAUGUCCUCCUCAUGAACGCUGUGGUUGGAGCUCUGCAGACUGCAAAAUCCAUUUACGCGGCCUCCAAGCUCUCUUACUUCGACAAGAUGAAGAACGAAGUUCCUAUGAUGAUACCAAAGACCACCUCUGAGACACUGAAACACAGGAUAAACCCUUCGGCUGGGGAGACCACCACUCAGCCUGUGGACGUAUUGCUCUAUACCCCAGGGCAGCUGGACAAGUCAGGUCGGGAUGACUCCCCGAAGUUGUGGUGCGCUCUGGGGGAGGGGAAGGUGGUCGUGUUUAAUGCAUCUACGUGGUCCAUCCAGCAGCAUUGCCUGAAAGUGGGGAAGGCUAAACUGCGCUGUAUGGUGGCCGUGGACCCGACUCAUGUGUGGAUCGGAUCGAGUGAUUCCAUCAUUUACAUCAUCAACAUCCACAGUAUGUCCUGUAACAAGCAGCUAAGUGACCACCGGCACGAGGUAGUGGACAUCGUUCCUGAAGCCGGCGAUGCUCAGAAGAGGCUGGCGUACUCCUGCAGUGCGGGCGGCCAUGUCUUUGCCUGGGAUGUGAACACACUGAAGAUCGAUCACAAGUUCCAGCUGAAAUUUGACAUCACAUCCAUGAAGCUGUACAAUGAACUGCUGAUGUACUGUAAGUCCCCUCCCCCAUAUCCCGGCCUCCGCUGUAUGGUGGCCGUGGACCCGACUCAUGUGUGGAUCGGAUCGAGUGAUUCCAUCAUUUACAUCAUCAACAUCCACAGUAUGUCCUGUAACAAGCAGCUAAGUGACCACCGGCACGAGGUAGUGGACAUCGUUCCUGAAGCCGGCGAUGCUCAGAAGAGGCUGGCGUACUCCUGCAGUGCGGGCGGCCAUGUCUUUGCCUGGGAUGUGAACACACUGAAGAUCGAUCACAAGUUCCAGCUGAAAUUUGACAUCACAUCCAUGAAGCUGUACAAUGAACUGCUGAUGUACUGUAAGUCCCCUCCCCCAUAUCCCGGCCUCGUAUACACGCUGAUGUACU